AUGGGGGCAGGUCGAUCACGUAAAAAAUCUACGCCUAUGCCAAAUUAUGCACCAGGUGGCAAUCGAUCUGUUGGUCAACUUAAUACUGGCGUGGGAGGUGCAUCUCCUAUGAACCAACAACAACAACUUAUGCAAGCUAAUCAAACCAUUGCAAACUUAAAUAGGGAACUUCAAGUUCUUCGAGGUGGAGCACCAAUGCCUUAUGGUGGUUAUCCAUAUGCAGGUGGAGGCAUCCCACCGAUGCCUUAUGGUGGGUAUGGAUACCCAGGUGCGGCUCCAAUGCCUUAUGGUGCUCCUCCAUAUGGACCUCCGAGUCCUGUUCUUCAACGUCCAGGUGGAUACUCUCCAUAUGGAUAUCCACCAAUGGGAGGCGGUACAGGUUAUCGAGAUACUGAUUUUGCAGCUAUUGGUAAUAUUGCUGGACUAAGUCCAAAUGAAGUAGCAAUUCUUCAUCGAGAAUAUUUGAAUUUAACACGUGGUGGUACAGUUAAAAUGGAUCGUAUGAUUGUUCGUCAAUUAUUACGAGAUAUUCUGCUCGAAGCCAAUAAUGAACAUGUUGAUCGCGCUAUUGAAAAUAUAUUUCGCUUAAUGGAUCGAAAUCAAGAUGGUUUUAUUGAUUUUCCAGAAUUUGUUGGUGCCUUUAAAGAAGUAUUAAAAGAUAAACCUGUAGAUUCAGACAAUUUCAUGUUGAAUAAUGCGCUUCCUGAUAUAUUAACUGAACAAUUACGAACAAGUAUUUUUGGUUCUGGUAGUCAUUCUCAACAAUUAGCAUUAGUUCAACAGCCACAAGUAGCAACACAAGCUGUUCCAACUGGUGGAUUAAGUAUUGUACCAUUAGCAUCAACAGGUAUUCAACAAUCACCAAUGAUGUGCAGUCCUCUAACAACUUGCUCAAUAUCAAAUGCAACUGUACCUUUCAUUACCCUUGAUCCAAAUCAAUCAUCUUGCGUAAUCGCAACUCCCGGUCAAUAUUUGAUAACACAACCUACAGCUUUACAAUGUUCACCUUUACCAAUCAUGUGA